CAACUGCUAGAAUAUAGGCUACGGUUCAUGCCAAGGUUUAGCUAAUCAAAGUUUAUAGCAUACACAGUCACUUAUAGCUACAGAGAUAUGGAUGCUAAGAAGAAGAGAAAACUGCCAAAGAAUUUAACUGAAGCAUCAAAACAGGCUAGGGCAUACCUUAUGUCAUCAAGCAAGAUUACUGAAGCUUGUGAAUUGUUCAAGACUAUUGAGCUGCCUGCAUCUUCAAAAGACAUAUCUGAGCAUGAUAUCGCUACGUACCUGGUGGGACGAUAUGGUAUCAACAAGAUAGCACGGAUAUGUUCCGUGCUUUCUGGAUUUCCGAAGACACUAAACACCUUCCAUGUAUCCAAGUACAUAGCAAAAGUCACAGAUAUGGAUGAUGCACACUUGCUAGCCUCUUUCAUUACGAUUCAUUGUCCACACCUAAUAGCCACAUUCACAUCUAACCAUCCAUCACCAACUCCGUUAGUUCCUCCAGUGUGUAACUGCUUUGAAUGCCAACGUCAAUUGACUUCAAAUCAUGACUGUGAAGUAAGUAAUAAAAUAUGCACUUUGGUUUUAUAAACUUCUCCAGGUCACCCUUUUCACAUUAUCUGGUGUGAAGAAAUUGCCGAAAGUCACUCUUAUAGGUGUCAGCCAUGUGGUUUGACUUAUAACUAUGCGAUGUGGGGGAGAAAACAAACCUCUGGCUUUCAAUACUAUCAGAGCCAGCAAAAUUUAAUUGAAGUUUAUGACACCGUUUUCUUCACUCGGCCUCUCCUAGAAUUUCAGUGCUCCCUUGCGAACCACUCAUGGGUUUCCUUCCAGGGUUUUAGUGAAACAUACAAUGACACUCAUUCUCUCAACAAGGACCAAGCCAUGACAGAAAAGAUUGCAGCAGAUGCAUUCUACAAUGGAGAGAUUGAGAAUGAAAUUAGGUUUCUUGUACUAGCAACCAAUCCUACUUUUUCCCUAAGUCAUUUCACCUUCAAACGAGACAGUGACAGAGAGGAAACAAUGGAAAUGAUUGAAACAAUUCGCUCAUGCAGUAUAUACCCUCACUGUGAAACUGACUGCACUGCUGUUUGCAAGAAAAGAGGUUGUGGCACUCUGUGGGUUACUGACGGGAUUUGGAAACUUGUUUUUCCACAUUGCAUGCACAGACUGAAGUAUGUUGUGGACCGAAUUCCAUCAAUAUCUAUGCCAGAUGUGUGCACCUAUCCGCCAGUGCCUGGAAAAGCUUUUUGUCAGGAUCACUGCCAGUAUUUGGAGUCACAGGUACCACCAGUACCAACAGAUCUCAGGAGUUUUUUGAAGCACUGCAAAGUUCAAAAUGGAGAUGAUGUUUCGGUUAACUUUGAUGAAGAGAAAACAAUAGACACGGUUCUACAAAACACUACUUCUGAAAUUGAAAUAGGAAAAUCUGCAGCUAUUUCUCAAGGAACCCAUGAUCUACUAGCAACAAACCCAUCACUGUUGUCAAAGAGCCUUCAUGUUGCCAAACCGAUGACAGAGUCUACAGAAUGUCGCAAAAUUACUGGAAAAGCAAAACGUCUCCGGAGGUGGUCGAGGGGACACCAAUUUGUUGUGAGAGCAGGAGGCCAUAUAGAAGCUUGGCAACCAUUAUACAAGUCGGAAUCACCAAUGCAAGUUUUUUUCAUCCUAAUCAAGUGGCUUCAAACGUUGAGUCAACAUGCAGACAAACUACCACUUUCUGCCAACUGCUAUGUACCUAGCGUAUGACAACAUGUGCAAUGUGAAUAGACUGAAGUUUGCAAGAGCAGCCUUACCAUUACUGCCCCCAAUGGACAAGGCAUGGCUCAAUAUCGAGAAGAUAAUUGACACGUUCCACCUUCCCAAUCAUGUAAACCCUGAAUGCCAUACGCUAUAUUCUCCUCAAAGGCUCAAAGAAAAGUGCCCUGACGCAAACACACAGGCUGGCGAGCAGACAUUUGUCUGGCUUGGUAGAUUUAAGCAUAUUCUGUGUGCAAUGAAUAAGCAGCACCAUCUAUUUUACCUGCACAGAAUGGUUCGAAGGAGGAAUGCAUACACAGUGAAAUGCUAUAAAGCUGGAAAAAACCCAUUCUGCCAAGAUCCAAACUCUAAUUGACUCAUUCUCCUGCUGAAAUGCUAUACUUGCAUGCAUACCUAUGUAUUCCCUUUAACAAUCUCUAUAGUUCCGUGUAGCAAUCAUGCAAAUGUUCAUGCAAUGUUUGAUGAUCAGUGAUUCGCUGGUCAC